CAAAUUCUUCAAACCAAACUCAUCAAAUCUCACAUUCCAUUACAACAAUUCUCACAUCAAUCUCUCUAAUCCUUUUUAGCAUUUUCCAAAAAACUUUUGAUUUUCAAUGGAGAGGGUGACAAAUAUGGUGUCCCAAAAACCAGUGGUGAUCUUCAGCAAUAGCUCAUGUUGCAUGUGUCACACUAUCAAGACCCUCUUGUGUGAUUUUGGGGUCAACCCUAAUGUUCAUGAGCUCGAUGAAACGUCGAGAGGGUGGGAGAUCGAGCAGGAGCUUUUGCGACGCGGUUGCAACCCAACGGUGCCGGCGGUGUUCAUUGGCGGUGAACUUGUUGGCGGAGCCGAUGAGAUCAUGAGCCUCCACCUCAGGCGGGCAUUAAUCCCAAUGCUUAAGCGGGCAGGAGCUUUGUGGGUCUGAUGCCAUGUCAUAACACUGACACUCGUAGCUUUCCUUAUUACCUAAAAAAAAAUAACACUGACACUCGUGUUCUGUGUUUUAUUUGAAUGCAGAGCUAUUAGGUUUAGUAGCAUAUAUGAAGUGAGAGAGCCUACUUUAGUGCUAUAAUAAUUCACAAUACUACUAAAUAAUGUGUAGUAAAUCAGCUUUUUUGUAAUGUAAUCUCUCUUCGAGUUUUUGCUAAUAAAAAAGCUGAGUUUACGGUGAUUAACUAGUUUCUUCUUAAUUAAUGUCUUUUAAGAGUAUGUUAUAAAUACAUACGAUUGAGUCCUUGGAUUCAUAAAUAUUAUAAAAGGAAGUGCUUUGCUUCGGAUCAUUGCUAUUUA